AUGCCUUUGUGGCCUCACAAACUCGUGAUUCUAUUCAACGACCGAUGGCUAGUCUUCGUCUGUGCCAUGUGGAUCCAAUCUGUCGCCGGCGUCGGUUAUCUAUUCGGCGGCUCUAUGUCGCCGGCGAUCAAAAGUGUCCUAGGUUACAACCAGAAACAGAUCGCUCUCCUCGGCGUUGCAAAAAACCUCGGUGACGCAAUCGGUUUCGUCUCCGGUGCACUGUCGGAGGUCUCACCGUCAUGGGUGGUUCUUCUCGUCGGUGCCGCUCAGAACCUUGUCGGCUACGGUUUUCUCUGGCUCGUCGUCACUGGUCUUUUACCUAAUUUACCCCUCUGGAUGAAAGUAACAGUUUUGUUCAUUCAGUUGUUUGUAGCUAUUUUCGUGGGGACAAAUGGCGAAACCUACUACAAUACAGCAUCUCUUGUGUCAUGCAUUCACAACUUUCCGGAGAGCCGUGGUCCUGUUGUUGGAAUCCUGAAAGGGUUUUCUGGCUUAAGCGGAGCAAUCUUGACUCAGGUUUAUCUGAUGUUCAAUCCCUCUCAUGAUUCUUCGGUUAUUCUCAUGGUUGCCCUAGGACCACCAGUCGUUGUUCUUGCUCUGCUUUUCAUUGUUAGACCCGUGGAAAGAAGUCCCAGAAUGAACUUGCGGUCUGAUGAUUUACGAUUCAUGACUAUUUAUGGUUUCUGUGUUAUCCUUGCUGUAUAUCUAUUAGGAAUAUUGGUACUUCAAAGUCUUGUUGAUAUAAGUGAAACGAUUAUCACAACAUCCGGAGCGAUCCUUGUCAUUUUCAUGGUUAUUCCUGUUCUUGUCCCUUUUUUAUCGGUUUUCAUCUCUGGUAAUACUAGUAAUAGUAUUAGUAUAACCUCAAUGAAGCCUGAAGAAGGAACCUCUAAUGUGGAUCUGAGUGAAGUUAAAACUCUGAUUGAGAGGAGCGACGUACAGCUGGAAAAGAGAAGAGUGCUAUGUAUUGGGGAAGAUUUCACAUUGUUACAGGCUUUGAGACAAGCUGACUUCUGGCUUACAUUUAUGUCUCUGGUUCUAGUUGUCGGCUCGGGGAUUACUGUUAUAGACAAUCUUGGUCAGAUUUGUUAUUCUCUUGGGUAUAACAACACCAAAGUCUUCGUCUCACUGAUCAGCAUCUCCAAUUUCCUUGGCCGUGUCGCUGGUGGCUACUUCUCAGAGCUAAUCAUAAGGUACAAAACCCUAAAACCAUUUCACUUUCACAGUCAAUGUUUUAUAAAACUGACAUCUUUAAUCUCUUUCUUGCCAUUCACAAGAAAACUCUCACUUCCAAGAAUAAUGGCAAUGUCCGUGGUUCAAGCCAUAAUGUCUUUAGGGCUCAUCUACUAUGCGAUAGAUUUGCCUUGGAAGAUCUAUGUAGUGACUAUUGUAAUAGGAAUGGGUUAUGGCGCUCACUGGGCGAUCGCUCCUGCUUCGGUUUCCGACAUUUUUGGACUGAAGAGCUUUGGUUCUCUCUCCAAUUUCCAGAUUACGGCUUUGCCUAUCGGGUCGUUUGUGUUCUCAGGUGUGAUCGCUAGUAAUAUCUACGACUAUUACGCUAGAAAGCAAGCCGGAACCACCAUGGAGACCGAGUCGCUUGUCUGCACGGGCUCAGUGUGUUAUUCAGUCACGUGCGGACUUAUGUCUGUGGUCUGUUUAAUGGCUAUGGUUUUGAGUUUGGGCGUUGUUUAUAGAACCAGGAAGUUUUACUUGAGGCUUCACCGAGUAUCCAAGACUUCAAAUAGUGUGGGCCUUCUACAUUAUUUCGUCUUUGUAAGAAAUAUGUAA